AUGUAUUGCGGUACCGGUUCCGCACCUGCGACUAGCCAGUUCAAAGACUACACAGGCAGUCUCCUCGGAGAAACAAUUAAUCUAACCCGCGUCGAUCAUCCUCCAAGAUUAGAUGCCAAACGGAGGCAGACAUUGUUCAACCUCCUGAAUGCUCUAAAUGAGCUCAGCCAGACUGAAUCUCUUGGCCGAGAUUUAGAUCAGCAUCCAAGCUUUGAGGAUGACAGAGAUGUUCCGACUGUUGACGAGCAACUACAGGUUGCAGGAGCAGAGGCAUUUAAUAAGUUUCAGAAGAGGAUCAAUAGUCUCGACAAAGAGCUCAGAAAUUUCGCCAAUGCUGCUCGACAACUCGGUAGUUCCGUCGGAAUACUUUCCUCCGCAUUUCGGCUACGGGAGCGUCUUGCUCAAAUCCUCUUCCUUUUCCGGGAUAAUGCGGCAGAUCUUUUUCCUCGCAAGGUCUCUCGUCAGCAGCGCGAAUUUUUGGUUAAUCCCAAUCUGAUGGAUAGAAAACGCAAAGCUCGACGACGGAAGAGCAUGCCAGGGCGUGUUCCAGCUAACGUAGAGGACAGUCUUGAUCUUGAGAGCCUCCCAGAGCAGUUUGAGAACUUCGCUACUGCUCUCAUGACCUUUUUGAAAUGCCUGAACGAAUUUCCGGAGUUCACCGAUGAGGCUGUUAAUACUUCGAUAAAGUCAUUUGAGGGCGAUUUGAAGUACUGGGCAUGUUGUUUACAAGAUUACAGAGGACAAUUCAAAUACCCUGCUGUGCAACGCUAUGUGCAUGACCUUACGGCCGAAAUGGGAGAGCACAUUGACAUCAUUACUGGGACGUUAUCGAUGUUCAUCGAAGUCGGUGUCCCGACCAUUCGUUUCGCACAGAAGCAUGGUGCAGCCAAUCUUUUAACGCUCUCCACCGUGGCCACGUUCUUUUCUGCCGUCACUGCGACCACCCUGCAGUUCUCCUAUGCUCAAACAGGGGAUAUCCUGUCUGACGGAGUUAAUGCGUUCUGGUUCUCCUCGCUUGUAUUCAGCAUUGCUGCUGCUGUUAAUAGUUUGCUGGGGCUUUCAUGGAAACAAGCCAUGUAUCGAUCACCUGGUGAUCGUGUACCGUGGUGGGUACUGAUAUGGAUUAAACGAUCACCCCUAGUAUUUUUGGUCAUGUCUGUGGCUUGCUUUUCCGCCGGACUUGUACUAUUCACGUAUUCUACCAACCAGGGCAAAGUUACAUCUACAAUUACGACUGUUUUUACUGCAUUCACUUCAUUUGGCCUAGCAGCAGUUUCAGCCUGGUUUGCCUCCGAGAGAUGGACUUUUGUGCAUCAUCGUGGGUCGAAGUGGCUUUCUGACGUCCUGAAAGAUGCUCUGCGACACUUUAUGGCACUACGUCUUGUCUCGAUUGUUAGUAAAGCUUUUGGCUGGGGCUCGCGAUAUGUGCAAAAGGGUGUUGAGGUUGCAGGACUCAAAAUUAGGCGUGUUCCGUCGAUGGGGACGACCACGAUAGAUCAAGGCGAUAACCUGACAACUGGCGAGUCUGUUCACAACAUGACAUAUCCUCUUGAACCCCCUCCUCCGCUAUCAUCCAUCCGACAAUCCAUGGACUCACACUCACAAUUUAGUGCCGAGGGAUCUUCACAUCCCAACUUGGAGUUACCAACCACCACCUUCAGCAGCAUGUCAAACUCUCCCAUUACGCCUCGAGACCGUCUAACAAGUGCUAUUCGGUCAGUCAUGAUGCUCCAAUCUGCAACGUCUUCUCCUAGCAACCCAUUUUCUUCUCCCGCGCGGAAACGAACGACCUCAGGGUCCAAAGUCGCUUCCCUCAUACCGAAGCUCAAGAGCUUAGAAGCAACGCAAGAUUUGACUGCGCACUCAGCACUCGUCAGACAUUUACAGUUCUCACCUAAUGGGAAGUUUUUAGCUACUUCAAGCUGGGAUCGGACGUCCAUCAUCUUCCGCAUCGGGGAACCUUGUGUUGCCCAUCGCGUCCUUGCGCAUGCUUCUGGCUUUGUCGGUCAAGUUGCUUGGUCCCCGGCUGGUGUGCUUCUCCUCACAAGACUGAAUCGGGCUAUUAAAAUUUGGACGGAGGAUGGAGUGUGCCGAAAGACUAUUGAACGACACCACCAUGUCCAGUCAAUUGCGUGGUUUCCUGGAGGGGAAGGUGAGGCCCCGAUUGACACCCACGGAUGUGAUACCGACAACUCAUCUUCUAUAGCAUUUCUAUCCGUUGAGGGUAGCGAAGUAGUCAAAUUGGAUCUUAACGGCAAUGUCCUCGACACGUAUCACUUCAAUCGGGUGUUCAUUCAUGAUGUGGCUAUCACUCCCGAUCUACAGCGGUUGUUGGGCGUCGGGCCGAUCCUAUAUUCUCCCGGUGGACUGCAUCCUAGCAAGUCCCGGGUAGAAAAACAGCUUUUGGUUUACAAUGUCGAGACGAAGGUUAUCGAAAACCAGACCCCAGUGCUCAAUGAUGUUCGGGAUAUAACGCUGGCUAAGAAUGGACAAGUAGCUCUGGUAUCUUAUGAGAACAAGGCACCUCCCCAGCUGUGGAAGUUAGAAAUGGUCAAGGAUCAGGCGCGACUCACUCUGCGUCAUACUUACAUGCCCAAGAUGCCAGUUGACUUCGCAGGACCGAGCUAUUUCGGGGGCAAGGACGACCAGCUUGUGCUUUGUGCCGGAAAGGCUGGUGAUAUACAUAUUUGGGACCGCGACUCGGCGGUGCUUCUUCAUCAUGUCCGUGCUCAAGCCCUAGGCGGGGACCUGACGUGUAUCGCAUGGAACCACGCUUCGGACAACCCAUUCAUGUUUGCUACGGGAAGCCACGAUGGCGCGGUCAGGUUGUGGACGACGGCGAAUGACUAUCGCCAUCUCACUACAGUAACUGCACAUUCCACACCGCAUUCUAUUACCCCUCGCUCGCCUUCACCUGUCGACAACGGUACUCGGAUGAAUAGCGCCGGCAUUCAGUUGGGCGAAUAUACCUCAGAGCCAUUAACGCUCACGCCCGUGGAAGAUAGCGGCCAGCGAGAUAGAUUUGUUACCUUUGCACCAUCACAUACCUAAAUUCAAGUCAUAUCCGUGUACAAAUACACAUAUUCAUCUACAUACACAUAUUCAUCUGCAUACACAUUUAGUUUCCCGUAGGCGUAACCAAUGUAUCAGUCGUUCC